AUGACGUCGCACGCGAAGACGUGCAGCGCUGGGCCUGCUGCCAAGAAGCGCCGCAUCGAGGCGGCCCCUCGCUCCCUCGGCCUCGACCAGCUCUUCCUGGACAUGCUGUCGACGAUGAAGGAGAAGGGCCUUGGCUUCGCCGACUUCGUGACGGACAUCAUGACGAAGACGGAGGACCAUGUCGCGGCGAUCUUCCUCGGCAAGGUCGAGCCAGAGCGUGAUGACAUCGUCAAGAUCGCAUUUAGCAUUGGCCUACCAGCCACAAAUCUCGCCAACGACAUCGCGACGAUCUGGCACGACUGGAGAGGACCACUCACCCACUUCACUUCCUCACUCCAUCCCGUGCAUCGUCUGCUCGCGACUCUAACCCUGUCGCGGCAGCUGCUCCUUCUGAGCUGUGUCCACCCUCAUUCAACCAGCUCGCGGUGGCUCGCGGCGCUCCGCUCACCCGCCAUGCAACCUGGCCUCGAAGUCGCAGGCUACUUCCGUGGUUGGGACUUGCGACGUCCGUUUUCAGUCCUCAUACAAAAUCGCUCUCUGUCGCCUCACGAUAUGGCGACCACAAUCACACUACACACGUGCACCGAGUGUGCAAAAGAUUUCUUAAACGACCGCACGCUGCAGAUUCACAUGCAGCGUGAACACCAGCCAGGGCAAAGCGGCGGACACGGGGCAAUGGAUGCGGAGGGCGAGACAGACGACGAGUCGACAUCGAAUGUCGACCUGUCUGCCUUGGAGAAUGAGGGCAUGGACGUCUACAUGCUCGACGACUUCAACGUCGACCCGGCCGCCUCCUCAGCCCCCUCCUUCACCACCAGAUCGGCCGCCGCCAUCGGCCUCGGCUUCGCUCCGCCUGGCGCGGCCGCCUCGCCCUCCUUCACCACCGCCUCGUCCUCCUCGUCAAACGCCCUCGCCGAAGCCAUUGGCCUCGGCUUCGCCCUGCCUGGCCAGGCAGGCCCCGUCACCACACCAAUGCCUGGCCUGGACGCCCCCUCCUUCGCCCCCGCCCUCGCCCUCGUCGACGCCGCUGGCGUGGGCAACACCAUGCCUGGCCUGGCCGCCCUCUCCUUCGCCCCCUCCUUCGCCCCCUCCUUCGCCCCCGCCCUCGCCCUCGCCGACACCGCUGGC